GGUGCUGGCUUCACACAGCUACUGAUUUCAGAUGGUUCUGGGAUCGUAAAUCUCAUGAACUAGAUAGAACACAGCUUCUGGCAUGUUCAAAAGUGGUAUGAAGAUCAUGGGGAUCACCCCUGAUCUGUUCCCAGAGACGACACUGGUGCCGUCUCUGCCGGUGAUCCCGUCAGCGCGGUCCGGCUCCUUCUCUCAGAAGCCGCGGAGGCGCAGCAGCGGCGGAAGCGACAGCGCUGCCAGGCCCAAGCCGUUGCCCUCAGCCCGUAGGCCAGGCCCCAGCAGAGGCGGCAUGGAGGUGGGCAUGCGCGUGGUGCGCGGCCUGGACUGGAAGUGGGGGAACCAGGAUGACGGCGAGGGGCAUGUGGGCACCGUGGUGGAGAUCGGGCGGCAGGGCAGCACCACGACCCCAGACAAGACUGUGGUGGUUCAGUGGGACAGCGGCACACGAACCAACUAUCGGACUGGAUACCAGGGAGCCUACGACCUGCUGCUCUACGAUACUGCUCAAAUUGGGGUGCGUCACUCCAACAUUAUCUGCGACAGCUGCAAGAAGCAUGGCAUCAUGGGAAUGCGGUGGAAGUGCAAAGUGUGCUUCGACUACGACCUGUGCACCCAGUGCUACAUGAACAACAAACACGAUCUCGGCCAUUCCUUUGAACGCUACGAGACGGCUCACUCCCAGCCAGUGAGCUUGACACCGAGACAGAACCUUCCUCGCAUCAUCCUCAAAGGAAUCUUCCAGGGAGUUAAAGUGGUUCGUGGACCGGACUGGGACUGGGGCAACCAAGACGGUGGGGAAGGUAAGGUUGGGAAGGUAGUGGACAUUCGCGGCUGGGACACAGAGUCUGGUCGCAGCGUGGCUAGUGUUACCUGGUCAAACGGCACUACCAAUGUAUACCGAAUGGGCCACAAGGGCAAGGUAGACCUCAAGUAUGUGUUGGAUGGUCAAGGAGGCUUCUAUUACAAAGAUCACCUUCCCAAGCUCGGAGACCACGCAGAGCUGCAGCGUCAGGAGAGUGCUGACGGCCACUCUUUCCAGCAGGGCGACAAGGUCAAAUGUCUCUUGGAGGUGGACAUCCUGCGACAAAUGCAGGAGGGCCAUGGAGGGUGGAACCCCAAAAUGGCAGAGUACAUUUGUCGAAUCGGGACAGUUCAUAGAAUAACUGACCGAGGAGAUGUCAGAGUGCAGUACAGCAACAACAUCCGCUGGACUUUCCACCCAGGAGCACUCACCAAGGUCAACACUUUCGGAGUUGGUGAACUUGUACAAGUGCUGGACGAGAUGGAGACGGUGAAGAGACUGCAGGCCGGCCACGGAGAGUGGACAGACAGCAUGUCUCCUGUGCUUGGCCAGGUUGGGAAGGUCUUGAAAGUAUAUGCGGAUGGAGACCUGCGGGUUGCGUUUGGAGGCCAGACGUGGACGUUCAACCCAGCGUGCCUCACAGCCCAGCCCACGGAGGUAGAUGCUAACCUCAUGACAGCAGAGAACCCCAACGACUCUGGAAGUACUGUCAUCUCAGUGUUGGAGAAGCUGCUGUCUCAGUCCACAGAGCAGGACAAUCCCAGCCGGCUGGUCAUCGAAGCAGCGCACGGCAGUGCCAGCAAAGUGCGGGAGUUGGUGCAGAAGUAUCCGGACAAGGUGGACGUCAAGAACCAAGGGAAGACUGCGCUGCAGGUUGCUGCUCACCAAGGCCACAUGGAGGUGGUGAAGGCUUUGCUACAGGCCAACAGCUCAGUGGAGGUCAAAGAUGAAGACGGAGACACGGCUUUGCACUAUACUGCCUUUGGUAAUCAGGCGGAGAUCGCACGGCUGCUUUUAAGCAAGGGGGCGAACGUGAACCUCCUGAACAACUCCUUGUGCACGGCGCUCCACAUUGCCGUCAACAAGGGCUUCGCUGACGUGGUGCGAGUGCUCACUGAGCAUUCAGCUGACGUCAAUCUCCAGGAUUCAUACGGGGACACGCCGCUCCAUGAUGCCAUCGCUAAAGACUUCCGAAAUAUCAUCGAGAUCCUCGUCGUCGUGCCCAAUAUUGACUUCACCCAGCAGAACCACAGAGGCUUUAACCUGCUGCACCAUGCUGCACUCAAAGGGAACAAACUAAUAUGGCUGAACUCUUCGGGUCUUCUUGGGAACACCGAGCUGAACGUUGGCAUGGCCGUCGCCUGCUUUCUAGCGCAGGAAGGAGCUGAUAUCAACUACGCCAACCACAAGGGCAAGAGUCCUCUGGAUCUGGUGGCAGACAGCACCAUGCUGCAGCUCAUCAAGGGCUUUUCUGAAAAGUACCGGUUGCAGCGUCUGCAGGCCAUCACAUGUGGACAGGGCCUGAGCAGCGCCAGCCUGCGGCGGGUCCACACGACACCAAACACCAUGACCAACCUGGUUCUUCCCACGUCAGCAGGGCCCAGUGAAUGCCUCAUCUGCUCUGAGCUGGCUCUGCUGGUUCUCUUCUGCCCCUGCCAGCACAGCGUGGCCUGUGAAGAAUGUGCCCAUCGCAUGAAGAAAUGCAUCAAAUGUCAGGUCACAAUCACCAAGAAAAUACGACAAGACCAAACAGAGGUGGACUGCAGCCCCGGCACCGAGAACUCAGAGCAACACAACCUGCUGGAGCAGCUGCAGUCUCGCUACCGCCAGAUGGAGGAGCGCAUCACCUGCCCCAUCUGCAUCGACAACCACAUCAAGCUGGUCUUCCAGUGCGGACACGCCUCCUGCAUCGACUGCAGCGCCGCGCUCAAGACCUGCCCCAUCUGCCGGCAGACCAUCCGCGAGAGGAUCCAGCUGUUUGUCUGAGCCGCUGUGCACCUCGCAGGUCCUGAGGGCGCGAAGAGGAU